AUGGAGGGACUAAAAUCCAAAAAGCUAUACAGCCCGUCCCUCCUCCAAAUCGAACUUCACCUGCCAUCGCCCUGUACAUCAUCCAGCCCCCAACAUCCUCCUCCUCGCAUCUCGUCCUCCCAAAAUCUCUCUCUCUCUCUCUCUCCUCACAAGCUGCUCUCCCUAGGGGUUUCUUCUCUAUCACCAUUGCAAUCACCUGCCGCGCUCUCGCUCUCCAUCCCUCCACUCCGCCAGCCCCUGCCCUUUCCCGGCCUGUCCAUUUGCGGGCGGGCACUACAAGACCUCCGCCGACAACCUCCGGCGCUACGCGCCCUGCUUCACGCCUCCGUCGCCGCCGGCCGCCCCAAGCGCGAAACCGAUCCAAAGAAGCGAGUCGUCAUCACCGGAAUGGGACUCGUCUCCGUGUUCGGCAAUGAAGUCGACGAGUUCUACGAGAAGCUUCUCGAAGGCGAGAGCGGGAUCGGACCUAUUGAUAGGUUCGAUGCGUCGAAGCUUCCGACGAGAUUCGCCGGCCAAAUCCGAGGGUUUAGCUCCGAGGGGUACAUUGAUGGGAAGAAUGAUCGGAGGUUGGAUGAUUGUUUGAGGUACUGUCUUGUUAGCGGGAAGAAGGCGCUUGAGAGCGCUGGGAUUGGAGUCGGGAGCGAGGAGCUUAAAAAGAUUGACAAGGUACGGGCUGGUGUCCUUGUGGGGACAGGCAUGGGUGGACUUACAGUGUUUUCUGAUGGUGUUCAAGCUCUUAUAGAGAAAGGGCAUAGGAAAAUUACUCCAUUUUUUAUUCCUUAUGCCAUUACAAAUAUGGGUUCAGCUUUGCUUGCUAUGGAUGUUGGAUUCAUGGGUGCAAACUAUUCAAUUUCCACUGCUUGUGCUACAUCCAACUAUUGCUUCUAUGCUGCUGCAAACCAUAUUCGUGCAGGCGAGGCUGAUGUAAUGAUUGCUGGUGGAACUGAAGCUGCCAUCAUCCCCAUUGGCGUUGGGGGUUUUGUUGCCUGUAGAGCUUUGUCACAGAGGAAUGAUGAUCCGAAAACUGCGUCAAGGCCAUGGGACAAAGGUCGAGAUGGUUUUGUUAUGGGAGAGGGUGCUGGAGUACUGGUAAUGGAGAGCCUGGAACACGCAAUGAAACGUGAUGCACCGAUUAUUGCUGAAUACUUAGGAGGUGCUGUCAAUUGUGAUGCCUACCACAUGACGGAUCCUAGAGCUGAUGGACUUGGAGUGUCUUCUUGUAUCAAGAGAAGUCUGGAAGACGCAAGAGUUUCACCAGAGGAGGUCAAUUACAUAAAUGCUCAUGCAACUUCCACACUUGCUGGUGACCUGGCUGAGGUGAAUGCUAUAAAGCAAGUUUUCAAGAACCCGAAGGAGAUCAAGAUUAAUGCAACAAAGUCUAUGAUAGGUCACUGCCUUGGUGCUUCUGGAGGUCUCGAAGCUAUUGCAACAGUUAAAGCCAUAACUACUGGAUGGCUGCAUCCAAGUAUAAACCAAUUUAAUCCAGAGCCUUCGGUUGAGUUUGACACAGUAGCAAACAAAAAACAGCAACAUGAAGUGAAUGUUGCCAUUUCUAAUUCUUUCGGCUUUGGUGGACAUAACUCAGUGGUUGUUUUUGCACCUUUUACGCCGUGAUGCAUAUCUUGAUCACUAUUUCUCCAUUUUGAAGCCUUUGAUUUAUUUUUCUGCCAUGUGAGGUUACUUAUCAAGAUUUGCGGGAAAUUGUUUGUGUUCUUUGUGGUUGAGAUCCCAAGCAGGGAUUAUUCUUGUAGGUUGCUUCAAGAUUUGUGUUUAGAAUGUUAGAACAUUUUGUCAAGGCAAAGUUGUCGCAUUCUGUGUUCUUUAAGAUUCUGUCUUAGUUUACUCUUGCCCUCUUGUAUCUCCAGAAACAAACUUGCUUAAUUACUUGUGCAUUUGUUGAAUUUUCUUUUUAGCUUUAGCUUAGUUCUGGGCUGUUUUUAAAGAUUGAUGAUCAUGCUAUUGAUCGCUAUUGGUUUGAUGAA